AUGUCCCGCCACUCACCUCGAGAGUCGAGAAUAAAAGUAUGUAAAAAAGCUGUUUUUCACCUUCAAGAUAAAAAGGCAGACAAUAAUGAACUAUCAAUUGGCUUAAUUAAAUCCGCCAAGCGAACGGGCCAACUGAGUUUAUGCAACAGGGGUCUGGGAUCCGUACCUGACAAUGUGUGGAAAAUUGAUGAACUUGUAUUAGAGGAAACCAAAGAGGUAGAUUUCACAAGAUCAGACCAAAAUAGUUGGUGGAAUAGUGAGCCUUUAAAAAUGUUAGAUAUCAGUUCAAAUGUAAUAAAUACAAUACCUCCAAAUGUUAAAUUGCUACAGGAUCUUGUUACAUUCAAGCUACAUGAUAAUGCACUAACAUCCCUUCCGCCCGAGUUUGGGCAUUUGAAAAAUUUAUCAAACCUUAGUUUAGAUCAUAACAAAAUCAAGGAGUUACCUAUGGAGUUCUAUAAAUUAACAGAACUAAGAUGGUUGAGUAUAUCACACAAUGAACUUGUAAAAAUUCAACCAGAUUUUGGGGAUUUGGUCAUGCUUUCUUUUUUGGAUCUUUCGCAUAACAAAUUGACAACCUUACCACCUGGAAUGGGUUAUUUGGUUAGACUUGUGGAACUAAAUUUGUCACAUAAUGAACUUUUAGAACUUCCUCCAGAUAUUGUGAAUUUAAGAGAUUUGAAGAAAUUCAAUAUAAGCAACAAUCAUCUGAAGAUUCUUCCACCUUUGGGAGAGUUGAGGAAAAUGGAGAUCCUGGAUGCAAAUCACAAUGACAUUGAACAGUUGCCAGAUUUUUAUGGCUGUACUGCACUUAAAGAAAUAUACCUAGCUAACAAUUAUAUCAAGGAAAUAUCUGAUGAAUUCUGUGACCAAAUGCAACAUUUAAAUGUAUUAAACAUAAGGGAUAACAAGUUGGAUGUUCUUCCAGAAAACAUAUCAUUGUUAAAGAAACUCAAGAGGCUUGACUUAACUAACAAUAAUUUAAAUAAGCUACCGCGGAAUCUAGGGUUGCUGUCUCAACUGCAGAGCAUAAGUAUGGAAGGCAAUAAGUUGUCGUUCGUUCGUCAGGACGUCAUCAGAGGAGGAACGGAUAGGAUGAUGAAGUAUCUGCGAGACCGCAUCACAGAGGAAGUGGUUGGCGAGACUAGAUUUGAGGCAGAGUGGCCUGAUAAAUAUACAAUGAAAAAGAGUCAAUCUCUAAUGGUGCCUUCACGUGAGCUAGCAUCCGUGCCUGAAGAAGUAUUUCGUGCUGCUUCCGAUGCUGAGGUGCAUAUUGUUGAUAUAUCCAGAAACAAGCUGCAGGCAGUUCCCUCUGGAAUAUCAAUAUUAAGUGACACAUUGUCUCAACUUAUACUAUCGUCGAACUCAAUUGAAGAAGUUCCUUCAGCGAUAAGCGCCUGUACUCAUCUUCAGUUCUUGGAUUUAGCGAAGAACUGCAUAUCCGAUCUGCCCAUAGAACUAGCAAACUUAACACACUUGAGAGAACUUGUCAUAUCCAAUAACAAGCUUACAAAAAUUCCGCGUUGCGUUUAUGAAUUGGAGAAACUGGAAAUUCUCCUCGCUGCUGAGAACCAGAUAACCGAAAUCAACAUAUCAUCGGAUGCUCUUGGAAACUUAAAGAAGUUAGCUGUCUUGGACCUUACCAAUAAUAGCAUCAUGAGCGUACCCCCUGAACUUGGAAAUUUUACCCAUCUCAGGUCAUUAGAACUGAUGGGCAACUGCUUCAGACAACCACGCCACGCGAUACUGGCAAAAGGCACCGCAUCUAUUCUAUCUUAUCUCCGUGAUCGUAUCCCAGUUUAG